UCAAAAACCCCAAUCAAAACCACACAUCACACAAGCAACGGCAUCCGGAGUAGAAGGCAUAUUGUGUCUAGAGAAGCAAACAAAGCGUCUGGGAGUAUCACCACGCAAAAGGACAACGUUGAAUCUAGUGGAUGGGCGUGAAACCUGCUCCAAGUCUGACCUAUCGGUUCCGUUUAUACUAAAAAAGUUAAGAGCUGGAAUUGUCUUCCAGUAGCUCACAUUUUGCCAAAAGUAAAGGAGAAAGUACUAAAUGAAGCAGCCGAACAUUUUAAUUACAGGCACGCCCGGUGUGGGAAAAUCUUACCUCAGUCAGCGAUUGGCUAAAAAGUUCGGUUUCAAGUGGCAAAAUGUGUCGGACAUUGUCAGCGAGCAUGGUUUCGUCGAAGAGUAUGACGAAGAGUUCGAGUGUCCGGUAUUGGAUGAGGAUCGACUUUUGGACUAUCUGGAACCGAUCAUGCAAGAGGGAGGCAAUGUUGUUGAGUACCACAGUUCGGAGUUUUUUCCGCAGCGCUGGUUCGAUGUUGUGUACGUAGUACGUUGUGGCACUUCGAUACUGUACGAGCGACUUCAAGAACGAGGUUAUAAUGAGCGCAAGGUGCGAUCAAACAUGGAAUGCGAAAUUUUCCAAAUUCCCCUAGACGAGGCCAAAGACUCAUACCUCAGUGCAAUAAUCUACGAACUGCAAAGCGACAAAGAUUCUGAUCUAGAGGAUAACCUUACAAAAGUGAGUGAGUGGUUGGAAAACUGGAGAAGUACCAACAAAAGUCAAUGAGAAUCCAGGGAAAAAUUGGUUUUUACAUACAUAGAACCAGAUUCGUUUGCUUCUAAUUUUUAAAAAGCCCACCUUUUUCUGCUACCUACUUUUUUAGUUAGGUUUAGUACCGCUGUGCUGUGUUCGGAAAAUUAGAAAGAAAUAUAAAUAAUAAUAAUUAUUGAUCCAUUUUUGGCCUUUCGAAAUUGUUACGCAUAAACAAUUUUUUUAAUAUUGGGAAAUAAAUCGCUGUUGCCAAUAC